CACCUCUCCUUCGUGGACAUUUGCUACUCUUCCAACAUCACUCCAAACAUGCUGCACGGCUUCCUCUCCGGGCAGAAGAGCAUCUCCCUGGCGGGCUGCUUCACACAGUGCCUCCUCUUCAUCGCCCUGGUCAUCACCGAGUUCUUCCUGCUGGCGGCCAUGGCCCUGGACCGCUACGUGGCCAUCUGCAGCCCUCUGCACUACAGCAGCAGAAUGUCCAGGGCCGCCUGCAUCUCCCUGGUCUCCUUCCCGUAUCUGUUUGGCUUCCUCAAUGGCCUCUCCCAGGCCCUGCUGACUUUCCGCCUGUCUUUCUGCAGCUCCCUGGAAAUCAAUCACUUCUACUGUGCGGACCCGCCCCUCCUGGUGCUGGCCUGCUCUGACACCCGAGUCAAACAGGUGGCCAUGCUCCUUGUUGCAGGCUUCACUCUGUGCAGCUCUCUCUCCAUCAUUCUUCUGUCUUACGUUUUCAUUUUUGCAGCCAUCCUGAGGAUGCGUUCUGCAGAAGGCAGGCGCAAAGCCUUCUCUACCUGUGGUUCCCACCUGACCACGGUCACCAUAUUUUAUGGGACCCUGUUCUGCAUGUACUUAAGACCUCCGUCAGAGAAGUCUGUGGCAGAGUCCAAAGUGAUUGCAGUGUUUUAUGCUUUCUUGAGCCCAAUGCUGAACCCGUUGAUCUACAGCCUAAGGAACAAGGAUGUGAUCCGGGCCAUGCAGCACUUGGUCAGAGGAA